AUGCGUGCAACGGCAGUGACAGCGCUGCUGUGCCGCUGUGGCGAGCGUCGUCUCAAGCUCACGUCGAAUGCACCAACCUCCAAGAUCAAGACGUUUGCGUUUGUUGGCAACAUGGCGCAGACGUCCAUGACGCGUGAGGCGUGUGCCACGCUCUGCUACACCUUCAACUUUCCUUCCUCCGACUGCAACGAGCCAUGCACGGGGGCUUCGACUGAGAUGUGCGGAGCAGCCAAUCGCAUGAACAUCAAUCCGGGCAAACUGUUCCGGCAAACCCCGACGAAGGAGUUGCCGGUCUGCAACACGAGUCUGUCCAUCGGUGCCCGCCUUGACGACCUCAUUGGACGCCUCAGUCUUGAGGAGAAGGCCGGCCUCAUUGGCCCUGAUCCCGUCACCAGCCCAUGCGCCUUCCUCGACUACGGCGUCAAAAGGCUCGACAUCCCGCCGUAUCUGCAUCUGGUGGAGACGAACACGGCCGUAGCCUCUGCGUGCAUCAUCAGCCAGGACACGUGUGCCACCCACCUUCAUUGGCCCCACAGGUCUUGGCGCAGCCGUCAACCGAGGGUCAUAUCCACGGAGAUGCGCGCCUUCAACAAUCUCAACUGGCACAGGGGCAGCGGCGUCUUACAGAAGAUCACUCACAGGUGCGGCCUGCAUCGCGUGUUGCUGAUUGGCGAGUACGCUGCUGCUGACGUGACCGACUGCCAGGACGGCCCAGACAAGAAGUACAAGAAAAUGGCAGCAGGUCUUAGACACUUUGACGCGCACUCGGUCGAGACAAACCGCAUGGCAUUCAAUGGGAACAUCUCCACCUUUGUUCUCUGGGACACCGAGACGCUGAACCGCGCCGGGGAUAUGGAGCUCGGGGAGACAUACUUCACCACAAACGGCUACUUGGAGCAGGAUGUGAAGCAAGACCGCACAACAAUCGACACGGUGCACAACACCGUGCGGUGGGUCCUCAAAGAUAGCUUCAUCAUGGGCAAAUGGCAUCGAGGAGUGCCCCACCUUUACACUCUCACCUCCAGCAACGGCCGCUGCAUCAGCAAGUGCCCCAAUGGCGAGUAUGAGCUCGGCAACGGAUGUGCUGAAUGCCAUUCAACACGUGUGCCAACCGUGCAUUGCCCAUUGCCCCCCCCCCCCGUCUACUACGCCAAGGACCACCGAUGUGUGCCAUGCACCACGUGCGGCAUGGGCACCUGGACCUCCACCCCAUGCUCCGCGUCCUCCCACGCCGUUUGCUCUUCCUGGACCGAGUGCAAGCCGGCCCAGAAGGAGUCUGUCUCUGGCAACGUCUACCAGCCGCUGCCGGACCGCGCCUCGUGCUUCUCCACCAGCAUGUGCGAGGAGCCCUUCAUCGAGACCAUCCCGCCCACGCUCACCACAGACCGCCUGUGCUCCUGCGACACGCUCACCUGCAACAAGCUCAUCACGCAGCUAUUUGAGGAGAUGGUGUGCGCCGAGCCCAUGGACGAGCAGCUCGACGUUGUGCUUGACGUGUGCUGCUCCGGCCAGGGCGAGGAUGGCAUCCGCGACACCAUUCGCCAGAUGGACGCCUACGAGGCACGCCACUCCUGCCCAGGCUGCACAGACACGUGCGAGUGCAGCGCUGGCUUCAUCCUUGUCUACGACGCCGACUCGGCCGACUGUCGGCCAUGCAAUGGCGUGACGGUGUUCUCCCCAUCCAUUGGCGGCAUCAAAUGCGCCCCGCUGGCCACUACACGGAGGCGGGCUCCCACGGCUCCUGCUCCAGCUUCACCUGCCGCGCAGGCACCCACGACCACGACAGCGACCCUGCCACCCACCUGCAUGGACGUCACAGAGUGCGCGCCCGGGUUUGAGGAGGUGCAGACCAUGACGCUCAUCAUCGGCGACCGCGUCUGCGACGAGAAGUUAGAGGGCACGCACAAGGCUGUCUCUGGCCAGGGCGUGCCCUGUCUCCCCAUCAUCACCACGUACGAUGCCGGCGAGGAGGAGACGGCCGAGCCCACCCCAACGAGCGACCGCGUGUGCAGCCUGUGCGAGCUUGAUGCCACCUUCAAGUCCGUUGACGGCCAGGCCGAGUCAUGCCGCCCCAGUACAUUUCCACGCAUGGCCGUGAGCAAGUGCGAGUUUGGCACCUUCCAGAGCCAGGUGCCCACGCUCGACUCCGACCGCGAGUGCACGCUGGAGUGCUCCGGGUGCUCUAGUGACCGCUACGAGAUUCGCGCCUGCUCUGCGCUGGAGGACGUGCAUGCAACCCGUCGACGGAGUGCGAGCGCACCACCUGUGCCACCUCAUCUUCAAGUGCGACCCUGGCGAGCAGCGCGCAUUCGAGCACCCACCUCAACCUCCGACACCAAGUGCGAGCCGUGCCCCAUCGGCACCACCGACCACGACCGCAACCCGCUCACCGCCUGCCAGCCGUGCCCCCUACGGCCACUGUGUGCCUGCAGGCCCCAUCGGCUUCUGCGAGCAGUUCCUGUGCCCGGCCGGCACCGCCGACUUGGAUCGCAACGCCAGCACACACUGUGCACGCCGUGCCAGGCUGGCGUGGACUUUGCCGCCCUCUCUGGUCAGCGUGAUUGCACGCUUGUGACGGAGUGCAACCUCGGCUUCGAGGAGGUGGUGCGCCCUGCUAUGCGCCCCACCAUCUUCACCGACCGCCAGUGCCGCCGCUGCAUCGAGGGCCUGUUCUACCGCAACAGCAACACGGGCUUCUGCAUGCGCGUGUGUCGCCCUGCGAGCCUGGCUCGUUUGAGACGGCCGCGCCCACCAUCAGCACGGACCGCGAGUGCCAGAUGGGCCCGCAUAUGCCCCAACAACAACACGUUCAUCUCCCGCCCGCUCAUGCCCACGCAGAACCGCAUCUGCUCGCCGUGGACGCAGUGCCUGUCCAGCGAGUACGAGCUCGUUGCGCCGUCGCUGGUCAACGACCGCGAGUGCCAGCGCGUGCGCUCGUGCCAGGACACGGAGUAUGAGGGCACCAUUAUUGCCACCGUCGCUUCCAUCAACGAGGACUUGAUGGCUCGCCUCUUCAACCGAUCCGUCUCUGGCGACAUUACCGUCAUGGCCUUCACCGCAUCGCCGUGCGAGGCCGACGCGUUCCUGGACGACUCGUCCCUUUGGUUGCACGGCAACCAUCUCAAGGCAUCGGAUGCUGUUGGUUCUUGGACCAUCACGGCGCUCAACAGCAAGGAGGUGGCCAUCGUGUUUCUGGUCGACCAUCGACAGAGCAGCGUUGCAGUGCGCCAUGCGGUGUUUGAUGAUGCGUCGUUGUUGUUGUUGUUGCCACUGCGUUUGCUGUUUGUUGACACGCACGCCUACAUUGGGGACAGAGUCAAGACAUGA